CUACGACAUGGUGCAACAGUACGCCGAAGGAGAUUCGGUGCCUGUGACGGUCCAGCCUAAACAGGACACUUUUCGUGAUUGGCAUGAUGGACUAUUCGGUUGUAAGAAUGACUACAAAUCCUGCCUCUGGAUCACAUUCUGCACCCCGUGCUAUGCGUGCUACAUGUACGAUCGAUACAACGAGUGCUGGUGCAGUGGUCUUGUGAUUCCCAAUUCAAUCACGACACUCCGCUCGUUUCAUCGUGGCCGCGAACGCAUCUACGGUACUCUGUUCAAGGACUGUCUGGCCAGCGUAUUCUGUCCGUGGUGUGCAUUGUGUCAACUGGAUCGCGACAUGAAAUAUGUGGAGGCUUCGCGCGGCUACCUGGAUGUAUAAUUAUCCCAAACUUGGAUUUAUAAAUGUGAAAUAGAAAUACAGCAUUUCUUAGCAACUUAAUGUGUAAGUUUUAUGAAUUUUCAUAUAUAACGCAAAACUCUUCG